GUGCUGGCCAUCAACCGCGGAGAGUCUCAGAAGGUGCUGACGGUGAAGCUGGUGCUGCCGCCGCGGUUAGCGCCGGGCUCAAGCACUUCUGCGAGUCGUGCCUGCGCAACAUGGGCGUGAAAAUGCAGGGCCAGACGGCACAGCUGGUGCGAGACUCUAUCGAGGACGCCUACACGCGAUUGCUGGAGCCCCACCUCCUCCGCAGCAUAAGGUCACAGCUCACCAAAGAAGCCGAAAAGGAGUCUGUGAGCGUGUUUCGUUCCAACCUCCGGCAGUUGCUGCUCACACCUCCAGUCAGGGGCCACGCAGUGCUGGGCAUCGACCCUGGGUUCAAGCAUGGCUGCAAACUCGCUGCAGUCUCAGCCAACGGCAGUCUUCUUCAGCAUGCCGUCAUCUACCCUCACAGUGGCCACAAGGGCCCGGCUGCCAAUAUCUUGAGGCAGAUGGUCCACACACACAAGUAA